GCGGAUAAUUUUUUGUGUACGUGCACGGCACUCACCGACGCACACUAUCUUAGACUUUGAGAUAAGAGUGCCUGACUUCAUAUACCUAGAAUCAACUCCAAGCCUACCUCACACCUAUUAGUAAGCGCAAUGUAUUUAGUGGAGACUACACACGCUGUAGUAGUUGACUAAGAAUGUGUAGAUCAAUCACUUUUGUAGUCUAGCUAAUGGAGACAUUUAAAAGUGUCCCGUAAGAGACAUAGUAGACACAUCAUUUCGCUACAGCAAUACAAACCGCAUAUCUCCAGACACGCAGGUCUCGCGUACCGUGCGUGAUCCGAUAGAGAGAGGACGCGCGUAGAGGGAUCGAGGGAAGAAGGAGAGAGGACGAGAGGACACCGAGAUCUUUCUCCUUGUCUGAUGAACGAACCUAUUCGAAAAGUAUGAGAGGAACCGGCUAGAUUUAGACCACUCGUCACUCUACAGUUCGUAUGUUGUUGAGGGGAGGGUGGGGAAAAAACAUAAUGAUCCUAUCCUAGACCUACACCAACGUAAAUCUGUAUCGCUGCGCUGGCAACUGUGGAAAACAGGACAGCGAGCAAGAGACUGAGAUAAACAACAUACAACAGCCAACUGCCUAAAACCAAAAUAAGCAACUUCUGGGAAGGAACCGGAGGCCAGCGCGGGAAGGACUCAUAACAGAUCGUUGGAAUAGCAUCUCGAAUAACGGCAGGUAGGACAUUUGUCAUGGAGUUCCUAAACGACUCCUUGGUCGGUGGAUCAGACCUGGACCUGAGAGCCUUCCACUUCUACAACGACUCUCUGCUUUUCCAGAACAACUUCAGUAUUGGCAACAACGAGACCUACGCCUUCCUCCCCACCGGCAUCAAGAUCACCAUCGUUGUGGUCUACAUGAUGGUCUGUGUGGUGGGGCUGGUGGGUAACUGUCUGGUCAUGUACGUUAUCGUCAGGUACACCAAGAUGAAGACAGCCACCAACAUCUACAUAUUUAACCUGGCUCUGGCUGACUUCCUGGUCCUCGCUACCUUACCCUUCCAGGGAACAGAUGUAUUCCUGGGCUUCUGGCCGUUCGGUAAUGCCCUCUGCAAGGCCGUGGUCUCCAUCGACUACUACAACAUGUUCACCAGCACCUUUACUCUGACCGUGAUGAGCAUGGAUCGCUACGUGGCCGUGUGCCAUCCGGUCAAGGCCCUGGACAUGAGGACGCCCCACAAGGCCAAGGUGGUCAACAUCUGUGUGUGGGUCCUGGCGUCGGCGAUAGGGGUACCGGCCAUGGUGUUGGGAGAUGUGGAGGUGGAGGUCGAACAUAACAGUAUAGAGUGUAACAUAGUCCUCCCAGACCCCCGUAGCUACUGGGACCCGGUGUUCGGCACCUGCGUCUUCCUCUUUUCCUUCCUCAUCCCGGUUACCAUCAUCAGUGUCUGCUACAGCCUGAUGGUCAAUCGCCUUCGCAGCGUCCGCAUCCUGUCCGGCUCCAAGGAGAAGGACCGUAACCUACGCCGCAUCACCCGCAUGGUCCUGGUCGUAGUGGCAGCCUUCGUGGUCUGCUGGACCCCCAUCCAGAUCAUGGCUCUGGCCCAGUUGUUAGGCUUCAACCUGGGUAGCCUCCUCACCAUGGCCCUGAUGCACUUCUGUAUCGCGCUGGGCUACGUCAACAGCAGUCUUAACCCAGUCCUCUACGCCUUCCUGGACGAGAACUUCAAGAGGUGCUUCAGGGAGUUCUGCCACCCUGGUCCAUUCCGCCUGGACAGCCGGCAGCAGUCUGGUCGGAUGAGGAGCAUCGCCCGGGAAGUUGCCUACAACUGCAAAACGGCGGACGGGAAUACAAACCCCGCAUGACUAGGCGUGGAGCUGCCUCUGGUCUGCCAGGAGCCACAGAACAAUCACCACCAAGGGACAGGGAACUCCAACACAGAGCUCACGCAGAUCACUACCCUCUAGCAGCGCGUCGGCCCCCUGGGCUGGGGCCGAACGGGGACGGGCCAGGGUAGGGGCAGAGCCUGGGGGCCAGAGGUAGCCCGGGGCAGGGGCAGAGCCUGGGGGCCAGAGGUAGCCCGGGGCAGGGGUGAUGUGCGAAUGGCCUGGUUGGUGCCUGACCCGGAUCUGUGCCGGAGCGAACAGCAGGGUCAUGUAUUCUAACAGACUUUCUACUCGGGACUAAGGGGCUCUACUUCUCUAUGUCUUUGGUAAACAUGGAUGUCAUUUUGUCAUAUUUUAGUUGAUUGAUCAUUUUUCGGGCCGAUUAAAGCUUAGAGUUUAGGUCUGUGACUUUAGGUCUGUGUGCUUCAAGGACGAUUUCCAGGAAAAGUCGACAGUGUUUUGUUUUUGCGCACGUUUCUCUCCACUCUGAGCCCAUUGAGCCCAUUGUUUGAACCCAUUGAGCCCAUUGUUUGAGCCCAUUGAGCCCAUUGUUUAAGCCCAUUGAGCCCAUUGUUUGAACCCAUUGAGCCCAUUGUUUGAGCCCAUUGAGCCCAUUGUUUGAGCCCAUUGAGCCCAUUGUUUGAGCCCAUUGAGCCCAUUGUUUGAGCCCAUUGAGCCCAUUGUUGAUUGGUUGAUUCAUGAUGUUGUUGUCAUUUUUUCCUAUUGUUGUGCGAAUGCUUUUUUGGGGUCUGUUUCUAUGCUGUAAGUAAUUACUGUAAGUGGGGGUUUCUUUGUGUAUUUCUGUUUUAUUUUGUUGGUGAGGAACAACUUAUCCUACUCCAUGGCCUUAGAUACAAAGUCUGUUAUAAAUGCUAUCCACCAUCCUGGAUAGAGCGUGUUAGUCAUUGAUGGUGCUUUACUGUUUGUUUUCUAUCACCUUGCAGGUGUAGGAACAGGCAACACAUCAGUAACAGAGACUUGCUUGUUUGAAGCCUUUAUUCAUUGUUGCCGGUGAAAUAAUCAUUGAGAUGAUGAUGCUGCCUGAGGUUUCCGCGUAAACAGAUUUUUGCUUGUCGUCCUGUAAAGAAAAGAAAAAAAGAAGCAACAAUAUUUUGUAUUACAAUGUGUU